UCUUCCUCGUGUGAACAGCGGUUACAGCGUACCGGCUCAGUGACCUGAAUGACCUGCUCUCAUUCCCGUGUUUCAAAGUUCAUCUCUCAUCAUUGACGAGGGAGUGGGGGGCGACGUAGGAGCGAACCUUAGAAGUGAGUUGCGAAGUUUCGAAGGGAAGGACACCUGUUGGGAAGGAAACAAAGACUUCGCUGAAAGGUGGAGAAGACGGCGAAUCAAAACAGAUUUCUGGUCUUUCGAGGUUGGCAGCACAAUUAAAGGCAAUGAGUCUGCGAGAUAAUUUGUUGAAAGAGGUGGCCCCAUCCCUCUCUGUCAAACCUUCUUCGAAGAUCUCAAUAGUGGGCACUGGGGAAGUUGGCAUGUCGAGUGCCAUUUGCAUUCUACAGAAGAGUUUAGCUGAUGAGUUGGUCCUUGUCGAUAAGCGGGCAGACAAAGUUAGGGGGGAAUCGAUGGAUUUGUUACAUGGCAGCCUGUUUCUAAAAUCCAAAAUAACAUCAGAUACAGACUGUAAAGCUACGCAAGACUCUAAGAUAUGCAUCAUCUGUGCUGGUGUGCGUAUGAAAGAUGGAAGGCCAGAUAAGAAUCUACUGCAGGACAAUAUUGCUGUCUUCAAGGAGGUUAUCCCUCAAGUGGCUAAACAUAGUCCAAAUGCCAUUUUGCUGAUUGUUACUCAGCCAGUGGAUCUAUUGACCUAUGUUGCCUGGAAACUCAGUGGAUUUCCAAGGACCCGUGUUAUUGGCACUGGUACUAACUUGGACACUGCAAGGUUUCGUUAUUUACUUGGUGCAAAAUUGAAAGUUAAUCCGGUGAAUGUUCAUACCUAUAUCAUUGGUGAACAAGGAUCUGGAAGUGUUCCUGUUUGGAGUAGCACAAACGUGGCUGGUAUUAAUCUGAACGAUUUGGUUAGAGACAUAUCAAAGGAACAUGUGAAUGAAAUUCAUAAAAGGGUCAUCGAUAGUGGCCAUGAAGUUAUAAGGCUAAAAGGAAGCAUUUCUUGGGCGAUUGGUUUAAGUGUGGCCAAUAUUGUGGAUGCAAUUUUAAAAAACCUCAAGUGUAUCCAACUGGUGUCCACUAAUGCAAAGUUCAGUGGUGUACCAAGAACACUUCCAGUCUUCACUGCUGGGAACAUUUUAGACCGGUGUACUCAUGGUACUCCUACCAAGCCCAACAACUAUAAGGGCGAGCACAAUAUCAAAGCAGACGUGUUCCUAAGUCUCCCCUGCGUUCUGGGUGCCACUGGAGUGUGCGGAAUCAUAAAACAACAGCUUGAGGAGGAUGAGGCAAGAAAACUGAGAUCUGGUGUGGAAAAUCUCUUGAAGGCCCAGCAAGAAAUUGUACUUUGAACAAAAUGUCAAGUGCUGGUUCUCUUUACACUGUUGAACCAUUGUUAAAACAUAUGUGAUUGUCUCAUUAUAUGCACGUUAGUCAAAUUGUUUGCUGAUUCAGAGUUGUAUGAAAA